GGUCAUUAACGGCGCGUCCGAGGUGGGGACACAUUUCCUUAUUGCGGCGGAUUGCGAGGGGAAUGUGAUGAGGUUGCCGCCACCAACCUGCGCUCCUCUGGCGUUGUUCCCCACGUCCAUUCCCACACCUCAUUGCAACGGGAAGUGCGCAUUGCUCAUAGCGUACGGGCUCCACAGAGCACCAGCAUAGACAGUAGAUACCACCUUCGCAACACGUACGUCUUGCUCUCUGUAAAAGUCGCCCCUGUCUGAUCUUUUUCUCACCCUCGGACCCCUUUUUCCCACGCUACCAUUAGCCUCACACCCAAUGACGGUCCCAAAAAUCAUUCGGAAGCGCCGGCAAAAUGUGGCAACGCAGUUCAACUUGAUGGUCGCUGGCCACUGCUUCACCGGCAAGACCGCCUACUUGCAGACCCUGGUUGACUCUCUCGACGUGAAGGGCGUUUACCCUGACAGCGGCUCCCUGGAGACCCUGACUUCCCUUCUCCCUCCGCAAGACAUUACAGAACCGACUGCGGCCCCUGCUCGGAUAGAAUUUGUAGUCGACCCCAGCGCUGAAGAGAGGAUCUCAUUGCGUGUGAUAGACACACCCGGCGUUCCCAUCCCUACCAACAUCCACCGUAACACCGACAACAGCGAACAACAUGUAGAGUCCGCCAUGCCCCAUGUUUCGUCCCUAGUCGACUUCCUGACCUCUCAAUUCGAGCGGAGCUUGUUGGAGGAAUCUAAAGUGCGCCGAAACCCGAAAUCACCAGACUACCAGAUUCACGCCUGCUUGUACUUCCUGGACCCGCAGGUCUGCUUCGCCUGCGGAGGGCUGACCUCCAUAGAUCGGUACGCUCUCGAACAACUAUGUGCUCACGUGAACGUCAUCGUCUGCCUCGGCAAAGCCGAUCUCCUGACCGUGAGACACCUCCAAUCCCUGCGCUCGAUGGUUAUCGACGACCUGGCGACAUACGGCAUCCCCGUCUUCGCCUUCCCAGAAGACCCCGACGUCGAGUACGACAAAGCCGCCAUCGCGCUGAACGAACAACUGCGCUCCAUGCUCCCCUUCGCCAUCAUCAACUCGGAAGAGGCCGAGCCGGAAGUGCCCCAGAACGAUGAAGACCUCAUAGCCCCGCUCCCCAAGACGGAGCCCAAACCCCGCGUUUUGGGCAGGAAGUACCCCUGGGGUAUCGUGGAAGUGGAGAACCCUGACCAUUGCGAUUUCACGCAGGUCAAGGAAACCCUGUUCUUGACGCAUUUGCAUGAGUUGAAGCUGUUGACGAGGGAGCUGUACUAUGAGCAAUGGCGUACGGACAAGCUCUUGGAGGUGCGCAACUCCGCUCUUGGAAGCACCCUGAGCAAAGAUUACGCAUCGAGCAUCGCCAGCGAUUUGGAGGGGGUCACUUUGAAGGAGGGUGGACGUCAAGCGAACGGCGAGACGGAGCGGAAGAUGGGCGCUCUUCGACAAUGAUCUUCCAUGAGUCCUCACCAAUUCAACGUACUAAACAAAGGAGGCCUAUCAUUCGGUAGUCUUAGAUGGUAAAUAGAAUCUUCCGGGAGGCCCAAGUUCUCCCACUUCGGCGUAACUUUCGUUUGUUUCCUCGCGACACACAAACUACUUUUGUGUAGCUAGAGAGUGAUUUGCAAGGUUCAAAUCAUGGUUUUGUAACAUGCCUCCCCACUUCCCUCCCCCCCACAUCUGUAAUUAAUCGUGUCUCUCUUAUUUUUUGUCGAAAAACGUGCUGUAAAAUGUAUUUACACCGCAUAUAGAAACGGAAGUUAAAUAAAAAACCUAGCC